UAGAUAUUUUCUGAAACCAGGAUAUUUUCGGUAGCCGUUGGAUCCGAGGGCUUUUAACGUUGGUGUCUCAUCCCACGCCGUUCGAUCAGUCCGAUGUUAAACUUAACGGUGUCUCUCUGUCCACCCUUGCUUCCAUAUAUCGCCUUUUUCUUUCUUGCUUUUUUAUUUUUUACCCUCCAAACUUCGAUGCGAGAUAUUGUGUGCUUGCUUAGAGAGGUUUUGGUUCCGCAGAAGAUUCUGAAUUCUGAUGCUCUAGUGCGAUUCCAUGGGAGAGGUGGUCAUCAUGAGUGGAGAGAAGAAGUCAGUUAGAGUGGAGGGGGUGGAGAAGGAAGAUAGUGGUGGAAGUGGGAGCAAGGCUGGUGAAUUUAAGGGGUUGAUGAGGUGGGAGAAGUUCUUGCCCAAGAUGGUUUUGAGGGUGCUGUUGGUUGAAGCAGAUGAUUCCACAAGACAAAUUAUUGCCGCGCUUCUCAGAAAAUGCAGCUACAAAGUGGUUGCUGUUCCUGAUGGCUUGAAGGCAUGGGAAUUACUCAAGGGAAGACCGCACAAUGUUGAUCUAAUUCUGACAGAAGUGGAUUUGCCAUCCAUAUCUGGCUAUGCACUUCUCACAUUAAUUAUGGAGCACGAGAUUUGCAAAAACAUCCCUGUUAUAAUGAUGUCUUCCCAAGAUUCAAUUAGCACAGUAUACAAAUGCAUGUUGAGAGGUGCUGCUGAUUAUCUUGUUAAGCCUAUUAGAAAAAAUGAACUGAGGAACUUGUGGCAACAUGUUUGGAGAAGACAAUCAUCAACCACUGGUAUUAAUGGCCUCCAAGAUGAGAGUGUUGCACAACAGAAGGUUGAAGCCACUGCAGAAAAUAAUGCUGCUAGUAAUCGUUCAAGUGGUGAUGCUGCUUGCAUUCAGAGAAAUAUAGAACUAAUUGAGAAGGGAAGUGAUGCACAGAGCUCUUGUACCAAGCCUGACUGUGAAGCUGAGAGUGACCCUGUCGGUAACAUGCAGGAAUUUUCUCUGCUGAAAUGUGGGGAAGCAUAUCCAAGUGGAACAGAGACACAACAGGUUGAAACAAGCUUUCGCUUAGGCCAGACAUUAAUGAUGCAUGACUGUCAUGCUGGAGGAUUAAAUGUGAGUAUCCGCAAAAAUGGUGAGGCAAGCACGACUAAUGACAAGGAUACUGAUACAGAGCAUUUUGGGAAUGCUAGCAUCAGUGGUGAGGCUCAUGACAAUCCCUAUGUUCAAAUUAACUCUUCCAAGGAAGCUAUGGACUUGAUUGGAGCAUUUCAUACUCAUCCAAACUGUUCCCUGAAAAAUUCCACAGUUAAUUGCACAGGCAACUUUGACCAUUCUCCUCAAUUGGAUCUUUCUUUGAGAAGAUCUUGUCCCGGAAGCUUUGAGAAUAAACUCACUGAAGAAAGGCACACCCUGAUGCAUUCUAAUGCUUCAGCUUUCAAGCGGUAUACUACCAGGCAAUUGCAAAUAUCAAUGCCUGCAGUGUUAAUUAACUUCUCUGAUCAACAAAGAGAACAGAUAACAAAUUGUGAGAAAAACAUCUCACACAUCGCUACUGGCAGCAACUCAGAUAGUUCAACACCUAUGCAAAGAUGUAUUGUGUCUCCAACUACAGUCCAAUCAAAAGAAUCUGAACUUGCAACCUCACACCCCCCGCAAGGACAUUCUCUCCCAAUUCCAGUAAAGGGUGUAAGGUUCAAUGAUCUAUGCACAGCCUAUGGUUCUGUACUUCCUUCAGUGUUUCAUACACAGUCAGGUCCACCAGCAAUGCCAAGUCCAAAUUCAGUUGUGCUCCUUGAACCAAACUUUCAAGUAAAUGCAUUUUAUCAGUCAAAUAUGAAAGAGAGUAGUUCAGAGCAGCUUUAUGAAUCUCGUGGUCCAAAUGGAAACACCACCCAAAACCACAUUGUGUACACACAGGAGCACAAAUCAGAACAUGCAGAAGAUCGAGGACAUAUCUCUCCUACAACUGAUCAAAGUGUGUCAAGUAGUUUCUGCAAUGGAAAUGCAAGCCAUCUUAACAGCAUUGGUUAUGGAAGCAACUGUGGAAGUAGCAGCAAUGUUGAUCAAGUUAACACUGUCUGGGCAGCUUCAGAGGGAAAGCAUGAAGACCUCACAAAUAAUGCAAACUCUCAUCGAUCUAUCCAAAGAGAAGCAGCUCUAAACAAAUUUCGCUUGAAAAGGAAAGAGAGAUGCUAUGAGAAGAAGGUUCGAUACGAGAGCAGAAAAAAACUAGCAGAGCAGCGUCCCAGAGUUAAAGGACAAUUUGUUCGUCAAGUGCAUCCUGAUCCUCUUGUUGCAGAAAAAGAUGGCAAAGAAUAUGAUCAUUCAGAUUUCUGACUCACUGGAGAGGAGAGCAUGAAUUCCUUAGAGUAUAUAGUUGCUUCAAAAUUUUGUUUUCCUGAAUCCUUAAAUACCAGAAGCACUUAAUCUGUAUAUGCUUUCUAAAACCGUUUUUCUUAUUUGCCCUUACUGUAGAUCGUGAUAUAUAAUAUACCUGAUGUAUUAUAUCAUUGUAAUUUUACAGUCUUAUAGGGAUCUUCGUGCAUCAUUAUUUAUUUAUUUAUUUAUUUAUUUAUAAAGAGUUGUUUACUUACAA